UGAAAAACUGGAAGAUCCAAACUGCUCUCUGAAAAACCUCAAAGUUGAUCAUGGAGGAGAAUCCAGGAUUACAGCAGGACUCAAGAAAUAUGAGUGUUUUUUCACACUGGAUCCAAACACAGCAAACCCUCGUCUCAUUCUGUCUGAGAAGAACAGAAAGGUGAUGUGGGUGUAUCAGCGUCAGUUGUAUCCUGGACACCCAGACAGAUUUGAAGCGUAUCAGGUGUUGUGUAGAGAGAGUGUGUGUGGACGCUGUUACUGGGAGACUGAGUGGAGCAGAGAUGUGUCUAUAUCAGUGUCAUAUAAGAACAUCAGCAGGAAGGGACUGGGUAAAGAGUGUGUGUUUGGACGCAAUGAUCAGUCCUGGAGUUUGAUCUGUUCUCCUGACAGAUACUCAUUCAGACACAAUAACAUACAAACUGAUUUCUCUGUGAAGCCCAUCAUCAGCAGAAAAAGAAGAACAGGAGAGUAUGAAGAUAUCUACAGAGUAGGAGUGUAUGUGGAUGAGAGCGCAGGAACUCUGUCCUUCUUCAGCGUCUCUGACUCAAUGAGACUCAUCCACACAGUCCAGACCACAUUCACUCAGACACUCUGUCCUGGGUUUAGAGUUUAUUCUGGAUCAUCAGUGAAACUGUGUUGAUGAAUCAGAAGAGACUGAUGAGAUUCUACCCAGAAUGCUUUCAAAAUAUAAAUAAUAACAGAAAUAUGUGUGUUUUAUUUUUGUUAAUCAAUUAAACAUAUUUGUUUAAAUGUAAAAAUGUCACAAAAAUGAUUGAUGAAGAACAUGUCAUUAAUUUAUCUGUUGUUUUUGUACAGAAAUAAUAAAACACUGAUAAAUCAACUUGAUCAGAUUUUAAUUGA